AUGUCGACUGAAUUGAAAGCCAAAGAAAUCUUCAAUGAUUUUGCAACUGUUGGUCAGAACCAAGAAAAGGUAUUGACUUUGCCCGAUUUUAUUAAUGUUUUGUCGCCAUUCCAAACUGAUAUCCCCAAGUCAGCUUUCUCCCUUUUGUAUUUAGUUGCUGACACUGAGAAGAAGGGUUUUGUCACCGAGGGUAAUUGGUUGCACUUUAUCAAGACUUUGACGUCAGCUGAUGGUGAAUACAAGUUAUUGUAUGAAUUUUUGUCCUCAAGCGAUAACGUCAAUUCACAAAUCACCUACCAUCAAUGUGUAGAUAUCUUGAACAAGAUUAAUUCAUCAAUUGACCCACUGUAUCAACAAAAAUUGAUCAAGUUGAACUGGAUCUAUUUUCCUAAAUUUUUUGAACCAAAGGGUGAAAUUGGAUUCAAUGAUUUUGUCACUUUGAUCAGCUUCUUACCUGUAACUAAGUUGAUUGGAAAUUUUGAAAUUGCUGCCAGUAAAAACAAGACCAUCUCUGGUGAUGAUUUGGUUAGAAUUUUAACAACUACUUUUAGCCAUAAGUUGUCAGACAAGUUAAAGAAAAAUUUACCAAACAUUACUGGGUUCUUUGACAACCAAAAGGAGUACUCACUAUCCAAUGUCUUAUUCAUCUAUGAUACAUUGAGCAAAGUCGACAUGAUUAACGAAGUUAUUGUAAAUACACCACCAACCACCAAGGACAAGAAUGACAUCAUUAUCAACAAAAAGGACUUGUACAACCACUUGAACGAUCCGUUAUUGAAAUCAGCCAACUUUAGGCAAAUUUCAAAUUUGUCAUUGGAUUUGAUUUAUUACUUGAUCAACCAAGAAAGUGAUGAUAACAUCCCUCGUAAGCAAAUGGUGUCAUUUUUGAAUCCAAACGUUAGUAACAAUGUCAACUCGUUGGCCCCAAUAUUUGAACAUGCGCAAAGUCGUUAUUCAACUCAUGAAUCAAGCGACAAUUUUUCUUUGUGGCCAAUUUACGACUCAUUGUACUCAUUUUUCCUUGGUUCCAUUGCUGGGUGUAUCGGUGCUACCGCCGUUUACCCAAUUGAUUUAGUCAAAACAAGAAUGCAGGCUCAAAAGCACAAGGCCUUGUACGAUAACUCAUUAGACUGUUUUAAGAAAAUUUUGAGAAAGGAAGGUUUCAAAGGAUUGUAUUCCGGUUUAGCUGCUCAAUUGGUUGGUGUUGCUCCAGAAAAGGCUAUUAAAUUGACAGUUAACGAUUUGGUUCGUAAAAUUGGUACCCAAGAAGAUGGAUCAAUCACCAUGAAUUGGGAGAUUUUGGCUGGUAUGUCUGCUGGUGCUUGUCAGGUUAUUUUCACCAAUCCUUUGGAAAUUGUCAAGAUUAGAUUGCAAAUGCAAGGAAACACCAAAAACUUGACCAAGCCAGGUGAAAUCCCAAUUAAGCACAUGAGCGCUAGUCAAAUUGUUAGGCAAUUGGGUCUUAGAGGUUUAUACAAGGGUGCAUCUGCAUGUCUUUUAAGAGAUGUGCCAUUUUCAGCAAUCUAUUUCCCAACUUAUGCCAAUUUGAAAAAAUACAUGUUUGGUUUUGAUCCAUAUGAUAACACAAAGAAGCAGAAAUUAUCAACUUGGCAGUUGUUGGUAUCUGGUGCUUUGGCCGGUGCCCCUGCUGCAUUUUUCACCACUCCUGCCGAUGUGAUAAAGACUAGAUUACAAGUUGUUGGGAAAAAGAAUGAUAUCAAGUACAAAGGUAUUCUUGACUGUGGUGCCUCAAUUUUGAAACAAGAAGGGUUAUCAGCAUUCUUCAAGGGAUCGUUGGCUAGAGUGUUUAGAUCGUCGCCACAGUUUGGUUUUACUUUAGCCUCUUAUGAGUUAUUGCAAAGAUGGUUCCCAUUAACGCCACCAAUCACGAGGGAAUCCAACUUUAAGGCAAUUAGUGGUUAUCCAGGUGUUUACAACUUGACCAACGACCAAGUUUACAACUCACAAGAAAAAGGUGAUAGAUUAAUUUAUCUCAACAAGUCAGUCAUUGACCCAAAUGUUAGUAAAGAACAAGACACAUUGAUCAAGUUGCCUGCUGAUUACACAUACAAAUCAUAUGAUGCUAUGACCUUGUUUAUGGAUAUUGAUUACAAAUUCGGAAAGUUCGAUUAUAACUCCUAUUUGAACUAUAUUCAAAAGAAGUAA